AACGAUGAUUUAUGAUUUGAAUGUUUUGAUGGAAUUCUUUUGUUUUUAUUUUUGACGAUUUUGGUUCAGGUGAAACUGUCCAGACUGAAAACAUAACUAUGGCAAAUAUCAACAAUGAAGAAACUGAGGAUAUCUCCGGACCAAUUGAGAACGCCUGGGAAAUGAAAAUACCAGAUUUCAAACCAGAACACAACCCACAUGGUUUACUAGAAGAAAGCAGUUUUGCUACCUUAUUUCCACAAUACAGAGAACAAUACUUGAGACAAAUAUGGCCAUUGGUUCAGAAAACGUUAGGAGAACAUUUUGUAAAAGCAGAGCUAGAUGUUAUAGAAGGUAGUAUGACUGUGAGAACUACUAGAAAAACUUGGGAUCCAUACAUAAUUUUGAAAGCAAGAGAUAUGAUUAAGUUGAUGUCUAGAAGUGUACCCUUUGAGCAAGCUAAAAGGGUAUUGGAAGAUGAAGUAGGUUGUGAUAUCAUCAAAAUAGGUAAACUUACAAGAAACAAGGAGAAAUUUGUUAAGAGAAGACAACGUCUCAUAGGCCCCAAUGGUUGUACUUUGAAAUCCAUAGAGCUUCUCAGCAACUGUUAUGUCUUGGUGCAAGGACAAACAGUUUCAGCAUUGGGACCCUACAAGGGACUACAACAGGUUAGGAAGAUAGUAGAAGACACCAUGAAGAAUAUACAUCCAAUAUACAAUAUCAAAGCACUUAUGAUUAAGAGAGAAUUGGCCAAAGACCCUAAGCUGAAGAAUGAAAACUGGGAAAGAUUCUUGCCAAAGUUUGUUAACAAAAAUAUUAGUAAACGCAAGCAACCUAAGAAAAAGAAGGAGAAGAAACCAUAUACACCCUUUCCACCACCUCAACAAGAUAGCAAAAUUGACAAGGAAUUGGCAACUGGAGAAUUUUUCCUCAGCAAAACUCAGAAAAGGGCUAAAAAACAGAAGGAACAAGAUGAGAAGCAUGCUGAAGCUGCUAAAAAGCGUGAAGAGAGGAGGAAUCAAGCUUUUGUACCCCCUGAAGAACCCAGUAGUUCAAAGGAAACUAAGAAUGAUGUUAGUGUAAAUAUAGCUGCUCUGAAAGAAAAAAUUGCUAAGGCUAGGAAAGGUGUGAAAAUGUUCAAUAAGCCUACAAAAUAGUAUUGUUCAAUAUCAACUUGAUAAAAAUAUAUGCCUUCAUGAACCCAAGACCUAUUUUAUUUUUAAUUCAAGAGCUUUUUGAAUUGGUGCAAAAAAACUAGGACAACCAUGAAAAAUCAGUUGAAAAUAUUCACUACUUGGUACCAAAUAAAUAACAGAGAUGUUGAAAAAAGACACAAUCAUUAGUAUUUUAUUGAAUAAAUCAUAACAUAUGUAUAUAACUUAUUUACAAAUAGACUAUACUAGAAAUCGGUAGGUCCACAUCAAAUAAAAACAACUUCAAAUGAUUAUUUUUUGAUAAAAGUUGUUAUGAAAGGCCCAAAUUAAAAACGAAAUUGUACAUAAACUAAGUCGGAUAUGUUUGUAAUUUAUAAAUUCAUGCAAGUCCAACAAAUUAAUUAACUUCAUAAAUUUAAAUUAACACAAAAUAAACAUGUGACUCCACUCCCUCAUAAGAAUUAUCACAAUGUUCAAUCAUUGGGCAUUCUUAAAAUGUACUUACAACCACAUUGGGUAUAAAAAAAUUAAAGAGUAAUAUUUCCCAUUCUUUUUGAUUGGCUCACUCAAAUUAUGAACGGCAAUUUCAAAAUUCACUCCUAUACAAAAAUAAAAUGACCCUUUCUUCUUCAAAACAUACCUACCCUCCUUUCCAACAUGUCACAAUUUUUUUCGCAUAGUUAAAGUCUUCCUAUCCCUACGACAAUCGACAAUUUUAAGCCACUAUAUAAUCUGUUUUAACUUUAAAGUGCAGGUCCACUAUUAUUAUUACACAUUCUUCACAAAACCACAUUCAAGAUGUUAUUUCCAAAAGCAAUAUAAUUUGGAAUAUGUUUGAAUUUUAAAGAACCAUAUCAAAUUUCAUUACAGUGCUACAAGGUGCCUAAAAAUACUAUCAUUGUGAUAUUUUGUAAUUCAACUAAUAUUAAAAACAGUUAGAAACAAAAAAAAAACCGACCUGUUAAUUUAUUUUUCUUGUUGUAUUAUCGAAUAUCAAUAACAGAAACGAGAAACGUUCUAUCAGAACCUCAAUUUUCAUUAAAAAAAGUCUAAAAACUAAUAUUCAAAUUUCAAAAAUUCUAGAAAAAUAUACUAUCUUUUACCUCGUUAUAACAAUUCAUAAAAACCUCACAAAAUAUAAAAAAAAAUACCUUGAGCACAAGGAAAAUGAUCUUUAUUCGAUACAGGACUGAAGCUUACAAAAUUCUGAUGAAAAUAGAAUCCAAAUAUAGUUUGGCCUUGUCCAAUGAUACUACCGACCCCCAAAAUAAUCGAAAACGUAAAAAUACAGUUUUUCUCCAACAAUGGGUACCACUUUCCAAGGCCAUGAUUGCCAACCUUACCAUAUCUAUAAUAAUCUGAACAAAAUGACAACACUCAAAUACUAGCUCUACUCUAAGAGAUACGCACAAUGGCAAGAAAAUAGAAGUAAUCAAUGCAUUCCUAUGAAUGUAUAAUCAAAAUCAAUAGUUGUGAUGUUUUAGAUCAGUUCCAGUUUGUAAUUUCGUUGUGGUCAUCACAAUUUGAAAUUGCAAGUGUUGUGAUUACCCGAUUUUGUUAAAAUUUCUGCUCCCAUUUCUAUAGAUUUCAAGAAGUUUUUUGGGGGGGAAUUCAUGAAUUACAUUGAAUAGAUCAAAAUCAUUAGUUGCAAUUGAUAUUUUCGAUUUUUUUUCGAUAAAAUUCAUGGUUGCAGAUCAGAAUAUGUAUAUUCAAUGAGAAAAUUUCAUAGAUCAGUAGUGAUGGAAAGUGGACUUUAUAUGAAGAAAUUUUGAUGUCAUCAUCGCAUGGCCUAUUCUGUACAGCAUGUCUAUUUUUUCCUGUCAGGGCUAUGUGAACCCAAUCAUUUUCUUGCCACCGUUAAUACCAAUAAACUCUCGCAGGUCACAAAAUUUUCAACAAAGAAAAAAAAAGGAGUAAGUACCUGUCUUUCGCGUUCGAAUUCACCGCAGAAUCAUCGGAAGUAAGGAUGCCGAUUUCCAAAUUGAUCUUUCAAAGAUCGAUUUUCCACGCCAGAAGAAAUAGUUUGGGCCGACACCAUAUAUUCACUACUUAUAUAUAAAUCAUAGCUGUCCUGAAAGAGGGACCAACUUCUGUCUCUAUUCGUAACGAAAUCGACCAAUAGGCGUUGAUGCCGAAGUAGAGAACAAAUAGUACGAAACUUGUUUAACCAAUAUGGCUGUUUCCAUCCUCCAUUUUCCGUCCUUAUAGAUUCAAAAAGUACCUCUUAUUUUGGUCCCAUUUUUGUUGAGAUAUCGUAUAGGCGAUGCGCCAUAUAUAGAAUUAGUAAAUAUAUGGCCGACACCCAUGGCAUUCCGAUUCUGAGACCAGUGUUGCCAACAUGGAAACUGUGAAAAAAUUUCCCGCCAUUUCCCGCACAUUCAAAUUUAUCAAAUGAUCUAUCACAAAAUUUGUUUGGAAAAAUAAUGAUACGCAUUAUCUAUAUAAAUGAAGAGGAGUUAUCCUAAUUUUAAUAAUGGUGACGGCUAAAAUCAAUCUUUUCAACAUAUUUUUGCUAAAGAAACAUUCGUAGAUAUAGGCUGUGUCCAGUCUGUGGUUUACACAUAUGUUCAAUAUGAAGUCUGACCAUCAGGCUGACCAACCAGCUGUUUGGGAAUAUCGGUCACGUUUCAUACCUGCCCACACAGUUACCACAUCAACUUUUGUAUGGGAGUCAAGUCAGACAUUGACCAUUCAGGUAUCACCACUGUGGUUAGACGGAUGACUUGAAACAGCCAUAAAAAUUCACAAACACAAAACACAGUACACAAACAUUCACGUCUGUGGUCAGUGUCACUACCCACUGUUCAGAGCGUAAAAUGUUUUGUUUCAUAAUAUGUGAAUCUACGAUUUCAUGUUACAAAUGUUCAUGAAUUGGCGCGUGACACAAGACAGAAUUCGGAUUUUUGAAGCAAUGGCGGUUUAUCACCCAAUGUGAGAGACGAUAAAACCACAAUACAGUUUUGCGCAUUUGCAAAAAUUCCAUUCUGGAUUCUCAUGGACAUACACGAUUUCCCGCAUAUUACCCGGAAAAUGAUUUCUCCCACCAAAAAUCCCGAAAUGCGGGAAAUUUUCUGCUAAUUGGCAACACUGUCCGAGACGUUCGUAGCCCGCGAACCUUUCGUGAUCACCGAUCAGCGUGCGCGCGCAAUGUGGGCGGUCCUCAUCGACGCGAGCGGGAAGUGGAGGGGGUGAGUAGGAGAGGACGCGAGAGCAGGAAGGGUCACUGGUCGAGCAGGUCGACGAGGGAGGCGAACGCGCACGAACCGAGGCCGGCGUUCGACAUGAGGCGGACGAGCUCCUCGGCAUGGGCCAUCGCCACUUCCAGGGGCGGUUUGCGCGGCUUGUUAUUCGAAU